ACCCCACAUAGAGCCUCCUUCAAAAUUCAAUGGUAUUUCCCUAGGUACUUUCCCGUCUUUUACUUUUCGACAAGACUAAAUGUGCAACUUGUUAUUUUUCACCAGCGUCGGAAUCAUUCCUCUUCUCCAAAAUGUAACACCAUCAUAGAGGUAUACUGGAGGAUAUGCUGGUUUUUGUUAUGCUGUGUCUAACCUUAGCAUGUGAAUGCUGCAUAGAGGACAGGAUAACAGCUUUAGAAUCGAGAAUGUUUUCAAUAGAGCAAUUGAAAAUAAGAAUAUCGUCACUUGAAAGAAAGCUCCACUCAGCUCAACAAAUGGGUUGUCAGUCUGGUGUGGUAGAACUUGGUGAAUCACCACUGCCGAACAAACAAGUCUGUCACAUAGUAAGAUUCCAUAGGCCAUUUCUGAAUAUUCCUGCAAUUGUGUGUGGCCUGCGGGAAUUAGAAGCUGAUAAGCAUCAUGACGUUCGCAUCAAUGCAAUGCCUUUCAAUGUGUCGACAACAGGAUUUGCUAUGAAAAUAUUUUCCUGGGGAGAAUCGUGCACACACAACGCUAUUUUCUCGUGGAUGGCAUGUCCGAUGAUAACUUAACCAUAAACAACUAAGUCACCGAACAUUUUCUAUCUUAUUAAUUGGGAUUUUCAAAAAGUUUAAAUAAAAAAAGUGUUUAAAAGUGAAAAAAGGUGCGUUUUUUUUUCAGAAUUUUUAAAUAUACAAAUGGAAUUAACAAUUGAAAACAAAAAUGUGAUCCCAAGAAUAUUCAUGAAUAUUAUUUUUUUUUAUUUGCUGAGGUCUGUAUCUAAUGAUGAGUACAAGGUCCAUUUAAAUUGUGAAAUUUACAU